CAUAAAAAAAAUGGAAAGACAACUUUGCCCAGUCAUAUAAGUCCUGACCUCCUCUUCAGACGGCACGAGCAACGGAGAAGGGUAGCAGGAAGCCAACCUUUCAAGAGAGCGACGGCCAGAUCGACGGAGGGAGCGACGGCGAACGACGCUGCCCAGAAGUUUGUGGAAGAAGUAAAAAUGUCUUCCUCGCAUCUCCCUGCAACAACAGAGACAAUUGCCCAGGCACUGGAGGCCAAAAACCCAUCUGAGGCUAUCUCUAUCCUUUAUCGUGUACUUGAGAACCCCUCUUCAUCUCCAGAAACUCUACGCAUUAAAGAGCAAGCCAUCACCAACCUCUAUGAUCUUCUUAGGCAAGAGAAUAGGGCAGAGGACCUGUGCAGCCUUCUCACUCAGUUGAGACCGUUCUUUUCUUUGAUCCCUAAGGCAAAAACUGCAAAAAUAGUGAGGGGAAUAAUUGAUUCUGUUGCAAAAAUACCAGGGUCAUCUGAUCUACAAAUUACACUCUGCAAAGAGAUGGUGCAGUGGACUCGAGCUGAAAAGCGUACCUUUCUGAGGCAGCGGGUUGAGGCAAGGCUUGCAGCACUUCUUAUAGAAAAUAAGGAGUAUGCAGAAGCUUUGACCCUCCUUACUAGCUUGGUCAGAGAGGUUAGAAGAUUGGAUGACAAACUUCUUCUUGUGGACAUAGACUUGCUGGAAAGCAAACUACACUUCUCCUUAAGGAACCUUCCAAAGGCAAAAGCUGCCCUCACUGCAGCAAGAACAGCUGCUAAUGCUAUUUAUGUGCCCCCAGCUCAACAAGGUGCCAUUGAUUUGCAAAGUGGGAUUCUGCACGCUGAGGAGAAGGAUUAUAAAACUGCGUAUAGUUAUUUCUUUGAAGCUUUUGAGUCCUUCAAUGCUCUUGAAGACCCCAAGGCUGUUUUUAGCCUAAAAUACAUGCUGUUGUGUAAGAUUAUGGUGAGUCAAGCUGAUGAUGUGACGGGCAUUAUAUCUUCUAAAGCAGGCCUCCAAUAUGUUGGGCCUGACUUGGAUGCCAUGAAAGCUGUUGCAGAUGCUCAUUCUAAACGUUCACUGAAGUUGUUUGAAAUAGCUUUGCGGGAGUAUAAGGCACAGUUGGAGGAAGACCCAAUUGUCCACAGGCACCUUUCAUCCCUAUAUGAUACCCUUCUGGAGCAGAACCUUUGCAGAUUAAUUGAGCCAUUCUCCAGGGUUGAGAUUGCGCAUAUUGCUGAGCUAAUCGAACUUCCCAUUGAUAAUGUGGAGCGGAAGUUGUCCCAGAUGAUUUUGGACAAGAAGUUUGCUGGCACAUUGGAUCAAGGUGCUGGAUGCCUUGUCAUAUUUGAUGAUCCCAAGGGUGACGCCAUAUAUCCUGCAACCUUAGAAACCAUUUCCAACAUAGGGAAGGUUGUGGACAGCCUUUAUGUUAGGUCUGCCAAGAUCAUGGCAUAAGCUAUCUUGUUAGUGAUCUUGCUACAAAACUUUGUUACCGUUUCUGGAUGAUGAGCCAUCAACUUUGUUCAUGUUCUUGCGA